AUGCAGCUCCUGGUGAGGGUGCCGUCUCUUCCGGAGCGGGGCGAACUGGACUGCAACAUCUGCUACCGGCCUUUCAACCUCGGGGUCCGCGCGCCCCGCCGCCUGCCCGGCACGGCGCGGGCCCGCUGCGGCCACACGCUCUGCACCGCCUGUCUGCGCGAGCUGGCGGCGCGCGGCGAAAGCGGCGGGGCGGCCGCGCGCGUGGUGCGCCUGCGCCGCGUCGUCACGUGCCCCUUCUGUCGCGCGCCCACCCCGCUCCCGCGCGGCGGGGUCACGGAGGUCGCCCUGGACCAGGACUUGUGGUCGCGCUUGGAGGCAAAGGCGCGGGCUGAGCGCGAACCUGCUGUGGCUGGUGGCCGGGUCCACGAAAGCGGCGAGGCGGAGGAAGAGGAAGAGGAGAGCGAGAAGGGGGCGGAGCCUAGGAGCGCAGGGUGGCGCGCGCUUCGGCGGCUCUGGGCCCAGGUGCUGGCGCCCGCGCGCCGCUGGCGGCGCCCGCUGCCCUGCAACGUGUUGUACUGUCCGGAGAUCAAGGACUUGGCCCACAUGACCCGCUGCGCGCUGUAACUGCGAAACCCUGAAGCUGUGGCAGAAGGAAGGUGGGAGCUGCAUUCUCAGGGCCCCGCUGUAGUACAGGGAGCGGGUGCCAAGAAUACCCCCCCUCACAUCCGGGAUUGGCACUGAUGAGGGAGGUGAGCCAAGGGCAGGAGGGAACGCCCUGGGAGGUGUUGAUACUGAGCUGGGGAGGCUCCUAGACGAAUCGCCCCCAUCUUCUGACUGUGCCAGCCUCGCAUAUUCAGGAUGAAGUGGCCCAGGGAUGAUACAAACAGUCGAUGUACCCGUGGGAAGAAGACAGACUGUUUCCCUAGCUGCGACUUUGGCUUCUGUCCAGGGCAGCUCUCCUGUGCGGGAGCAACAGGUCCCAUUUUAGCUAUUCUGUGUCAGUGAUUUUUAAGAAGAGGCUGAUUUUCGUGCA